CAUUGAAAGUGAAACAAGUGCGGGUCGUGUUAAAUUAAACGGAAAAUUCGUAAAUAUAGAGAGCGUGGAAAAUUUAUAAGAAAUUGUGCAUGCUAGGCAUUGGCGCUUGUGUUGAAGAAACAUGGCAAUUGAUCCGGACGAAGCGCACGCUUCAAAUUAUGAUGAUGGCCUAGACUUUGGAUAUUUUAAUAUGGCUCAUGGCAUGCUGGUGGAGAUCGAAGAAGAGCUGCGCCACAAAUUUCCCAAUGAACGUGCCAGCAUCAAGAUGACGCUAUUGAACACCAUCUACUUGGCAGCAAAAUCUUCACAGAUCUUGAGAUUCGUCGAGGCACUAAACACGAUCAGCUCGACGCAGUUGCAAACAGAAUUGGUCAAUACAAACUUUGAUCAGCCCGAUGCACAAUCGCUGACGCCGCUUACGAUGGCCGCCAUGUCUGGCAAUGUGACAUUCGUCAAGACGCUGCUAUCGCACUACGAUGUGGAUCUGGAGCGCGAGUGUAAUGUCAUCUUUGAUGGCCUUGUGGUGUACGGCGCGACAGCCUUAUGGGUAGCCGCUGGCAUGGGGCAUCUGCAGAUUGUCAAGCUGCUGGUGCAGGCAGGCGCGUCGAUCAAUCACAAUACCAAGGCGCAGUCAUCGCCGCUGCGUGCGGCAUGCUAUGAAGGUCGCCUGGACAUUGUGCAGUUUUUAAUUGAGCAUGGCGCUGAUGUAAAUGCUACAAAUUGUUUCAAGAAUGAUUCGCUGAUGAUAUCCGCAUACAAGGGACAUUAUUUGGUGGUCAAUGAGCUGCUGCAGAAUGGCUCGCGGCCCAAUGAUCAGGCGCUGUGUGGCGCCACCGCUUUGCACUAUGCAGCAGAGAGUGGACACUUGGAUGUGGUCACAGCGCUGCUGGAUCAUGGCGCUAUGCUGCUCAAGAAUGAGUCUGGCAUAACACCAGCUUUGCAAGCUGCCGAGCGUUUGCAUGAGGAUGUGGUGGAGGCGUUUAUACAACGUCCUGGUUUAAUGAGCCUGGAGGAGCAGAUACAAGCGCUGGAGCUGCUGGGCGCCACCUAUGCUAAUGAUAAAAUCAAAUACGAUGUAAAUCGCGCCUACGGUUUCCUCAUGAAGGCCAUGCAGCUGCGCUACAGUAAUGAACGCCAGAUCACGCGCAAAAAGGUGCAACCACCCGUGCCCGCCUACGACAAUUGGUUUGAGACCGAAAACUUGCCAGAACUGAAUGCUAUUAGGUUAAAUCAUCACUCCAUACACAUGGAAUCGCUGGCCAUACGCGAGCGUAUCUUAGGCAGGAAUAAUCCAGAUUUGCCACAGGCUAUAAUCUAUCGUGGCGCUGUGAUGGCUGAUCAGGGACGCUUUGAGCAGUGCCAAGUGCUCUGGAGCUAUGCCAUUGAUCUGCGCAUGCAAAAUAAUGUCUCUGUUGAUCGUGAUUUACUGCGUUUUGCGCAGCUUUUUGCGCAAAUCUUGCGCGUUGAGAAUCAUCGACUGAUGCUGGACGAUGUGCUGCCUAUUUUGCUGAAAUGCCAACAGGAAAUUCAAAAUAACAAGCACAAAAUAUUAAAUGGCAAGCCAAAUAGCUGCGCUAGUUUGCUGCAGGAUCAAAACAAUCAGAACUGCAUUACAGCUUUAUAUUUAAUAAAAAUUGUAACGCUGUUGGCACGACGCAAAAAGGAUCAGGAAGUCAAUGAGCAUCACAUACAGCAGUUGUUUAUGGUGGUGCGCAAGUUUAUACAGCAGGACACACGUUUGCAGGAUGGGCAAACACUGCUGCAUCUGGCUGUGAAUGGUGUAACGCCUGUGGAUGAGUUUUACACCAGCGAAAUGUGCAGAUUUCCCUGCUAUGCCACUGCCUUGGUGCUGGUGCACUGUGGCGCCUCUGUGGUGGCCGUAGAUGCGGCACGCAACACACCGCUGCAUAUACUGGUGACCAAAAUAAACAGCACGCAGGAUCGUCAAGCUGAAAUGGCGCGCAUAAUGCAACUUUUUGUAGAAGCCGGCGCGCAUUUGGAUGCAGUCAAUGCAGCAGGACAAACAGCUGCAACAGCUUGCAAGCAAACUACAUUGGCUAAUCUGCUGCAUGGACAUCAGAAUGCACACACCAGUCUAAAGUGCUUGGCGGCGCGUUCUAUAGCAACGAAUCGUUUGCAGUUUAGAGGUUUAAUACCCACACAGCUAGAGGGUUUCAUACAGAUGCACAGUGUGCACAAGGUCUAGAUAGAUAAUCAAAUAUGUGUAGCCAAAAAAAAAGAAAUAAGAAUUGUAAAUGCAAGUCAUGUGUAUAAUUGUAUGCAUACCAUAUGUGUAACAAAUUUAGUGACUUAAUUUAGCCAAAUGCCAGGUAUUUAUAACGAUAUACAUACAAACUACAUACGCAAGAAGCUUAUUAAUUAAUUUGUUUUUAUUUUUAUAUAUUUGAUUAAGUACGCAACACUUUCAUCAACUUACACACACACAUGCACACAUUGACACACACUUGGACUGAUUGUUUGCUUGUAUAAUCAUAUGUAUGUAAAAAUUCAUUUUGUACAUUUGCUUUUCUAUUGUGUAUAAUUAAUGUUAAACGUAUGGCGCUCAACGUUUGCAAUCAAUUGAAUUGAUUUUUGCGUUGCUAGUGGCGCCUCAAUAAAUAAAUAUAUAUACUAUAUACAGAAC